CCAGCGUCACGGUCGCCAACAUGCCGGAAAAGCGACCAUACCCCGAUGAUAAUGGCGCUCGUAAUGACAGCAAGCGGCCAAGGUCAAACAACGCGUCUCCCGCGCCUGCGACAUCCGAGAAGAUGCGAGCAGCCUUAGCCGCCAAAGCGAAGGUUGAUGCACAACUGGCAGCAAAGAGGGAAGCUGGAGUCGCUGAUGCUAGAGCACGAGCUGCUGCGAUUGCAGCUAAAUUCGGGCGACCAGCACCAGGACAGCCUCUUCCAGCUGCUACUCCAUCUCCCUCGACAAAUGGACACUCUACUGCGCCAGCCGGCCAGUCUUCAGCGGAAGACAAGAAUGCUGCUUUGAGAGCCCAGUUAGCACAAGUUCUCGCAAGAAAGCCAGAAUCAACCGCAACACCUCCUCAACGCCCUCCACCACCACCAGCACACGCACGCCCACAACACUCACCUCCCGAAGUCGAGGAUGUCUCUCAGCGCGCAAGGGGUGGGUUAAAUGUUGGACUGCAUCCUAGUCUCAUGGGGGAGAUGAAGCAGGACUCGAAGGCGAGGGGCAAACCCAUGGCGCCCAAGUUCGCAACCACCAUGGCGAACAGACGGGGUGAAUCACCCGCUGCGGAUGAAGAGAAGGAGGAAAAAAAUCCAUAUCUCGACUCUAGCGAAAAAGCAGGCCCUGACCGGACCAGACUCCCCCGCAAGAUUGUUAUGAACCAAAAGGGCAAAUACAUCGAACAGGCCGCAAGACUUCGAAGGCAAGAGGAGAUGGAGGCGCUCAAGCGGAGGAUAGCAGCGGAGACACGGAAGAAGCAGCUGGAGGAGAGUAACGAGAAGGGUUUCUUAAUUCCUGAACCGCCGGCUUGUGAGUGGUGGGACGAGAUCCUCUUGGACGCUACGGAUUAUGCUGUCCUGAAUGAUCCGGCGAAACUCAAAUUCAACAACGACGACUCAAUCGUCACUGUCUACGUCCAACACCCUGUCGAAAUUCGUCCACCUCAGGAGAAGCUAGUCAUUCCUGUCAAACCCAUGUACCUCACGAAGACGGAAACUAAGAAAGUGCGUCGUCAACGCCGUGCAGCUGAAAAUAAAGAAAAGCAAGCGAAGAUUCGUCUGGGUCUGGAACCUCCUCCACCUCCGAAGGUCAAGCGUGGAAACAUGAUGCGUGUUUUGGGCGAACAGGCUAUUGCAGAUCCGACGGCUAUCGAGGCUCUCGUAGAAAAGCAGAUCCGGGAGCGACAGGAGGCACACGAGGAGGCCAACGAGGCGCGGAGACUGUCCAAGGAUCAACGUCAUGAAAAGCUGUCUGCCCAACAAGCGGCAGAUGCGGCCAAGGGAAUGCAUCUGUGUGUUUACAAGAUCAAUAACCUAUCCUAUGGAAAACACCGCUUCCAAGUUGACAAGAACGCCAAGGACAACGCUCUCACCGGUAUCACGAUUCUCAAUCCGAACUUUAGCCUCGUCAUCGUUGAAGGUGGUUCGAAGUCUUGCGACUUGUAUAAGAAGCUCAUGCUGCAUCGGAUCAAAUGGACCGAGAACGCUAUGCCAAAUAGUGUGCGGGAGGGCAACAAGGAGGCCGAGGUUGCUUGGUUGAACUCGGUGGAUGAGCAAGGUCAGUUGAAGGACUUCUCGCAGAACAAAUGCACUCUAAUUUGGGAGGGCGAGGAGAAGCAGAGAGCUUUCAGAAAGUGGGGGUCGAGGGUGUGCGAGACAGAUGGAGAAGCAAAGGAGGUUCUGACAAGGGCCAAAAUGGACUCUUUCUGGGCUUUGGCUAAGAGUGUGGCUUGAGCCUGGGCUUCAUUCGGGGGCUCUUUGGGAAAGUCCGAGUGGGAGUCUUUAUCUUUUUACAGUCGUGUGUCUACUAAGAUUCUCUUCAAAGUGUAUUUUUCUUGGAGGCUUUUCAUCAUGAGCAUAGCUGGCGCUAGCAGGGUUUACUUCGCAGGAUGGACCAAGUUGCAUAUUCCCCAGGCGCAGGAGCCCAGCGUUCCUAAUUGCUGAAGGGCUGUAUCACGGCUACAAACUUGUAUAAAAUCCAAACAAAUAGGUUUAGGCUUUCACUCCCUUUGUAAUGCCACGCCGUGAGCAUGCAAAAACCCGGAUUUAAUUAGAGCAGGUAUCGCCU